GCCGCGGCUCGGCGCGGUGCUGCGUACUCGGUUUGCGUCGGCAUCUUUGGCAGUGUUUCCCGCUUUUCCUGUGGUCUUCGCAGUGGACCGGAGCGCAUCCCCGUGAGUCAUGGCGACGAAGGCCGUGUGCGUGCUGAAGGGCGACGGCCCGGUGCAGGGUACCAUCCACUUCGAACAAAAGGAAGAUGGGACGGUCGUGGUAUCGGGAUCCAUUACAGGAUUGACUGAAGGCGAUCAUGGAUUCCAUGUCCAUCAAUUUGGAGAUAAUACACAAGGCUGUACCAGUGCAGGUCCUCACUUUAACCCUCUAUCCAAAAAACACGGUGGGCCAGAGGAUGAAGAGAGGCAUGUUGGAGACCUGGGCAAUGUGAAGGCUGACCAAAAUGGUGUGGCCGAAGUGUAUAUUGAAGAUUCUAUAAUCUCACUCUGUGGAGACCAUUCCAUCAUUGGCCGCACAAUGGUGGUCCAUGAAAAACCAGAUGACUUGGGCAGAGGUGGAAAUGAAGAAAGUACAAAGACAGGAAACGCUGGAAGUCGUUUGGCCUGUGGUGUAAUUGGGAUCGCCCAAUAAACAUUCCCUAGGAGGUGGUCUUGAGUCCUAGUAACUCAUGUUAUCUUGCUAGUUGUAGAAAUUUAACUAGAGAAACAUUAAACACCGUAACCUUAAAAGUGUAUUUUGUGUGACUUUUAAUUGCUUUAAGUACCUGUAAUAAGAACUGAUUUAUGAUCACUUGAAGAUUUGUAUAAUUUUGUAAGACUCAUACUCAAGUGUCUUGUUUCAGUGGUCUCUGUAUUUUGCCAAACUUAGUCACAUAUGGAUAUUAUUUGUCUGAAUUUCUUCAGUUCUCAAGCCUGCAAUAAACAUUCUCUGUGGCACUACUGUA